AUGAGCCCUCAUAGAGUUGAGACCCUUCCUUCCAUUGGAGCAUUGUCUCAGUAUGGCAUCUCAAAGAACGGCUUCCUACCCGCCGAGAUACCUCUCAGCCGACUUCCACAAUCCUACUACCAACCAUGGGAGUGCAUCAUCGAAGAAAUCCCGUCACUGAUCGAAACACAAACAAUCAGACAUCGUGUCGACAAGCUUUCGGUACUCUCGACAUCAUUCCUAAGCACUGAAGCCGAAUGGCAAAGGGCGUACUCAAUGUUGGCCCUGAUAGCACAAGGCUACAUCUGGGCAGGUCCGGAACCAUCCGAGCGACUUCCUCCUGCUAUCACUGUCCCAUUCCUCAAAGCCGCGGCACAUCUUGAAGUUAAUCCUAUUGCGACGUACGCAUCCUACAACCUGUGGAAUUGGCGGCCACUCGAAGAAGACUUGGACAUCACCAAUCCCGACAACCUUGUGGCUCUCCAGACGGCAUCUGGAAGCGACGAUGAGUCGUGGUUCUUUAUCAUAUCAAAUGCGAUGGAAGCAAGGGCUGGACCAAUGAUCGAGACAAUGCUCGCUGCUAUCGACGCCGUGGAUAUGGAUAAUCGCGAAACCGUCAUUGACUCACUGAAAUCGUUCCGAAGCAGUAUGGAAGACAUCGGCGGUCUAGUAGAGCGUAUGGAUGAGCGUUGCAAUCCCCAACGCUUCUACCAUGAGAUCCGCCCUUUCCUGGCCGGAAGUAUGGGCAUGGAGGCUGCAGGUUUACCAGAAGGCGUCUUCUACGACGAGGGAGAUGGCAAGGGCUCUUGGAGAAAGUACAGGGGCGGGAGCAAUGGCCAGAGCUCUUUGCUGCAAUUUUGCGACGCAGUCCUGUCAGUGAACCACGCCCGAUGUAGUGGAUUUCACGCAGAGAUGCGCCUGUAUAUGCCAGGACCCCACGCACGGUUCCUCAACGAUAUCGAGAGCAUCGCAAACAUCCGGAGUUACGUCGACAGCCACCGCGACGAUACUGAACUCCUGUCAGCCUUCAACGAAGCCGUUUCAGCUUUGAGUGGUUUCCGGGACAAGCACAUUGCGUUGGUCACACGAUACAUUAUUAUCCCAAGCCGCAUGCCGAAGCCAGCGAGCGCGAUCGAUCGCCGAGAUAUCGCAUCGGCAUCGACGAAGUUGGCGAAAGAAGAGCCACAAACCAAGGAGUUGGUCGGUACUGGGGGUACAAAAUUAAUCCCAUUCUUACGCACUUCAAGAGAUGAAACACUAGAAACAACCGUCGUGCCGGAGCAGCAGUCGACGUAG